ACUUAUCCUCCCCUCACCGCCUUUUAUUGAGAAAGUAUUCUGCCUCAUCAAUCAAAAAAGUUCACGGGUUCGCUUUGACGACGUCGCCGUAUUUUCCUUCUGGUCUUGCCAUUGUUUCAACAAAAGAUCCCAAUUUGACCUCAAAAGUCUUCUCAACUGGGUGCACCAUGACUCCUACUGCUGCAGCCACAGCUGCUCCACCACCCUCCUCAGGCGCGAGCCGACACCCACCAUCACUUUCUCUCCCGCCAUCGCAGUUCGCCCGACUACAACCUCAUGCUUACCUCCUAGCUCAUCUAUCGCCUCCUGCAUCAAGCAAUCAACCAUCCGUUCGGGCCAAUGGCCGCGCUCCAUCAAAGUUUCGCGUCACAUCUUCAAAUGCGGGUUCCUUGACACAUACGAAUGGCAGCGCCGUCGUGCGAAUGGGAGAUACAGCAGCCGUGUGCGGCGUGCGCGCGGAGAUCUUGCACACAGAAGAUAUCGCCGCAUGGAGCGUGUCUCGGUCGAUCUCUACAAGCAACGAGACUAAUAAGCCUAAACGGCUCAAGACAGACCACAAUACCAGUGAGAACGAAGCCUAUGGUGAUGACGACGAUAACGAAUCGCACAUCCAAGACUUUAACCUUCUCGUACCCAAUCUUUCCUUGAGCACUGGGUGCGCUCCCGGUUUUAUUCCCGGUGCGCCACCAUCAGCCCUGGCGCAGUCAUUGUCUCAUCAGCUUCUUGCGCUGUUACAUAGCAGCCGGCUGGUCCGAGCGGAGGACUUGAGAAUCCGGUACCAACAUCCUGAUUUUUCGGUGGGGGAGGAGCAUAAUGAGUCUGAACGGAUGGAUGUCGAGGAAGAGGAACAUAGGAUGGCAGAUACAUAUUCCGCGCAACGGGAAAUUAAAGCUUUCUGGGUCCUAUAUAUCGACGUAAUGAUCAUAUCACUGGCGGGGAAUCCCUUUGACGCUGCAUGGGCUUCGAUAUUGGCUGCAUUAAAAGAUACGAAACUACCCAAGGCGUGGUGGGAUGUCGAUAAUGAGAUGGUUAUCUGUUCGGACGACGUCUCUGAGGCCCGAAGGUUGUCCUUGCGGGGUAUGCCAGUCGCAAGUUCAUUUUGCGUCUUUGAAGCUGAUGCCGCUGCCGGAUGGCGAGCUAUUGUUAUUCCCGAUGCUGAUUCUAAGAAGCUUGAUGGCCAAAAGGGAUCUAGAGGAAGAUGGAUUCUAGCUGAUCCGGAUGGAUAUGAAGAGAGCUUAAGCCAGGAGAAGAUUUGCAUUGUCGUUGAUAAAGAGCAAGACGGAAAAGGCAAGACGGUAAUCUUGAAGAUGGAGAAGAAUGGUGGUUGGACUGUUGGGAGGGAAGAAUUGAGAAAGCUUGUCGACUUGUCAGCACAAAGAUGGGAUCAGAUGAAACGCAUUCUGGGGGCGCAAGGCUAGCUUUUUUUGCUGUUAUGUUAUGUUAAAAAAUGGCAUCUAGAAAAUAAACCACAAAUAAUGAUACCAUCAAGAUCAU